AGUGUCCAAACAUCUCAUGCACCGCCCGGAGACGAAGCUGUGACUCUAACACUAAGGGACGGUUCUCGAUCCUGGGUCUGUGACGAUAAGCUGGGGUAUAAAACCAGCACAGGCUGGCUCACCGCUCUCCAGCUUUUCGCUGCCCCAGAGUCUUCUCUUCCUUUCUGCCGUACAUUUGUUUACUGUGCUAUAGUGAUAAAUGGAGUCCCAACUUACCCUCGUCGACAUCCCCGAACUUAAGCAAGCUACCCAAAAUACCCCGCUGUUCGCAAGCACUGUGCUGCAGUUCACGCGGAAUUGCACUCAUAACACUACGAUCACAAUUAACGGGCAGCCGUCAAAGCACUACGCCGUGCACUCGGACAAGUAUGCGACGACGACCCGUGUCACCCGCAUCGUAGACGGGAGCGGCCCCGUCAGCGUGGGAGUCAUCCAGCGACGCAAUCUCCUACCUGACCACCUCACUGUAGGCGGUGCCGAUAUUCAAUUGAAUCAGUGGCUGGAGGUACCGCUGUUGCACACUCUCCCGGCAAGGAUGCAUGUGCACGGCUCGAGAUACACCUGGUGGUCUUUGAGCUGGAACCAGUUGGCUCUGUACGCCGACGACAAGCCAUCCGCAAAUCCAAUAGCAUGGCUCGACCGUGCGCGCGUCAAACAACCUGUCAACGGACAGCACAUCUGGCUGCCGCCCAUGAUAUCGAUGCAUGAAGACGCGGAGGAGAUGGCAGAUGAGAUCGUGCUGGCGGUGGUCAUCCUAGAGCAUAGGCUGCGCAUGGCGGACAAGGCGCGUGCCACGCAGAUAGCGUCGGUCAGCGGUGGACAUCUCGCGAGCAUUGCUUCGCAGACGGCAAUAGUGUUUGGAUAGUUUGUACCUUGUAUUGGACAAGGGUGCUGGCCGCCUGCCGUUGUAUACUGACUAGUGUACUUACGUGUACUCUACAUCGAGCCUGUUAAUUACCGUAUCG